AACAAUAAUAAAUAUAAAACAACAAUUUGCAAAACUUUAAAACACUACGAAAAAAUGGGGAAUCAACUUGUAGGGAUAGCUCCAUCCCAAAUAUUUCCUGUAGAAAGAUAUUUAACGGAUAUUUCGAACCUAAAAUUCGAUACCAGUUUGGGCAGUACAAGAUUCCUGAAAGUAGCACGGGCCGAAUCUCAAGAAGGACUGAUUGUAGUUAAGGUGUUCGCUAUACACGACCCAUCCCUACCUCUAUCACCUUACAAAGAUCACUUGGAAGAUAUUCGGAAGAAAUUAAGUUCCGCAGUCAAUUGCAUUCCUUACCAAAAAAUCACGUUAACCGAUAAGGCUGGAAUUAUUAUGAGAGAAUACGUUAAAUACAGCUUAUACGACAGAAUUAGCACGAGGCCCUUUCUAACAAACAUCGAAAAACGGUGGAUUACAUUUCAAAUACUGUAUGCUCUGCAUCAGUGCCACAAAGUAGGAGUUUGUCAUGGUGAUAUCAAGCUGGAAAACAUAACUAUAACUUCGUGGAAUUGGGUGUUGUUAGUAGAUUUCGCCUCGUUUAAACCCACGUUUGUCCCAGUCGAUAAUCCAGCCGAUUAUUCCUAUUUUUUCGACACAUCUCGCAGAAGAGUUUGUUACCUCGCUCCGGAGAGAUUCUCCAGUACUAGCACUACUAUAACUGAAGGGAGUUCGUUAAUCGCAGAAGCUAAUGUUGAUUCCGGUGAUUUGACUCCUGCUAUGGAUAUAUUCUCAGCAGGAUGUGCUUUGCUAGAACUUUGGAAUGAAUUGCACGUUCCUUUCGAGUACUCUCAAUUACUGGCCUACUGUUCCGGUAAAUAUUCACCGCAGAAACAUUUAAAUAAACUGGAAGACCCGAAUCUGAAAUCGCUGAUUUCGAGUAUGAUAGAGAAAGAUCCGCACAAACGCAAACGGGCCGAGGACUAUUUGGCUGAAUACCGAGGCAGUUUGUUCCCCGAAUACUUCUUCACUUUCUUACAAUCGUACAUGUUGAUAUUCUCUUCGAGCCCCAUUCUGUCGCCCGACGAAAAAAUAACGCGUUUAAAGAGCGAUAUUAACGACAUUUUCACGUUCCUGGGACCCAUGACUAAAUCCAACGACGACGAGGAAAAAAUUGACAACGAAAAAGUGGAUAAAGGCGAAUGCGAGGGGCUCGUUAUUAUCACAUCGUUGGUGACAUCUUGCAUAAGGGGAUUGCACACUUGCUCGUCCAAAUUGUAUAGUUUGGAAAUUUUGCUGGAUUUGGCGUCUCACGCUAGCGAUGAAACCGUUUUGGACCGAAUACUUCCUUAUAUUAUGUUUUUGGCCCACGAUAGUUCCACUAGGGUGAAAAUUUCAGCGAUAAACACGAUAACAAAGUGUCUAGAUUUGGUUUCCAAGAUAUCUCGAUCCGAUGCAAAUGUAUUUCCGGAGUACAUCCUUCCAGAAUUGGCUCCACUAGCAACGGAUCCGAACGUUUCAGUUCGAGCAGCUUACGCCAAAAACAUAGCCACUUUAGCCGAGAUAGCUUUGAGGUAUUUGGAACAAAUCCAAAACGACUGGUACGACAAUAACAGUACCAACAAGCAAAAGGAAGAGCACACCUUUAAUUACGAAUUAGAAUUGCAGGCUCUGCACGAGAUGAUCUCGCAAACUGUCAGUGCUCUACUAACAGAUACACAAUCGAUUGUAAAGCAAACUCUGAUGGACAGCGGCAUUACAAAAUUAUGCGUGUUCUUCGGUAAAACCAAAGCAAACGAUGUGCUCCUAUCGCACAUGAUAACAUUCCUGAACGAUAAAGAAGAUAAAGAAUUGAGGGGUACAUUCUUCGAUUGUAUCGUGGGUGUUGCAGCUUACAUCGGUUGGCAUUGCUCCGGCAUUCUAACCCCACUUCUACUACAAGGUCUAACGGAUAAUUCGGAACUGGUAACGGCGAAAAGCAUAAACGCCAUGUCAUCCCUAACGGAGCUCGGGCUCAUCACUAAGCCGGCCCUGUGCGAAUUGGUGACUGAAUGCUCCUACUUUUUAGUCCACCCUAACUUGUGGAUCAGGCAGGCGGUGGCCGGGUUUAUAUCGUCGGCUGCAAAGUCCUUGUCCGUACUGGACGUGCAGUGCAAAAUUGUCCCGAAACUGAAAAUGUACAUGAAGUAUCCGCUCAUUCAAAUAGAUAAGCCCGAGCUUUUGUUGGAGUCUUUGGUGAGCCCGAUUCCGAGGAACGUGUACGAUAACGUUGUGGUUUUCAAUGAAAUCGACUUCAUUUUCGAAACGUUAAAAGAGAGAAGGUGCUUGAGGGAAUGCGUGAAUACGGGAAAAGUACCCACGACUGAUUUCUACAGAGACUCGCAACCUAGUUUAAAAAACUUAUUUAGACGAUUAGAGGCCAAUGGAAUGAACGAAACGAUGGAGGAAUACUUCCUAAAAAUGUCCCACCAUUUAAAAAAAAUCAACAAGCACAAGAUACACGAUAACUACCAACUGCGAUCGAACGAAGGUAGAAUCGAAAUCAGUUCGAUCAACAGCACCGUUCGCGGCCACAUCCUCAACUUGGGCGAAACCCAAAAAGGAGAUUUCCUAGCCAAUAGAUUACACAGAACAAAUACGUCGGGAUCCAUAGACACAAACAUUAAUUCAGACUGGAAUUAUAGCUCGGAAGCGCUGGCCAGGCAAUCCGAAGGCACCAAUUCGGGCGGCCCGUCCUCCAGAUCCACGUCCAGCAGGCCUUCUUCGCCCCCUCUGGACGGCAACAAUCAGUACAGCGCCACGGAUCCGUCCAGCAACGUUAGCUUACACGAGAGGUCCUAUAUCCAAUAUCGCAAAUCGAACUGUUACAUAGAGCUGGCGAAUUUGAAGAACAGACAACAGGAGCACUAUUUCGAAGCGUUGCGGAACAAAGAGUGGGCCGAGCACACCGCCUGGCGUCCCCAAUUGCCGCCGCCCGGUUGGCGGCUGCGCGGGGUGCUGGUGGCCCAUUUGCACGAGCACAAGGGGGCCGUUAACAAGUUGUGCGUUUUGCCCGACACCCCGUUGUUCGCCAGUUCAUCCACCGACGGUUCCGUUAGAUUGUGGGAUUGCGCCAAGAUGGAAGGUAAAAACAUCGCGAACCGAUCGAAGCAACAUUUCAAAUUGGGCGCCAGCAUCACCGGGCUGACGGUGUGCGAAAGCGGCCAAUCGUUGGGCGUCACCGGACAAGACGGAUCGGUCAAUAUCCUCCGAAUAGAUUCUUCGAGUAACAAAUUGAGCGCGUUUCAAUCGCGUCAGUUGAACUUCGACGACGACGGGUACGCCGUCGACGUGCAAUGCUUGGAUUCGGGAUCGCAAAGCGUGCUGGUGUACGCCACCUUGUACGGGGCCCUGAUCGGCUGGGACCUCAGGGCGCCCACGACGGCGUUCAAAUUGGAGAACGGUUUGAAGAACGGCGUCAUUACGACGUUCUGCCUCGAUUCGCACCAAAGUUGGUUGAUGCUCGGCACGAGCAACGGGAACCACGUCGCUUGGGAUUUGAGGUUUCAAUUGCCCAUAAUGCAGUUCGAGCAUCCGUCGGGUCCUGUAAGGAUUAAAAAAGUGAUAUGCCAUCCUACGGAAAAUUCGUGGGUUUUGUCGAGCAAUCAAGGCAACAACGAGAUAUCCAUGUGGAAUAUAGAAACUAGUUUUAGGCAAAAAGUGCUGUGGGGGAGCACCUCGCCACCAUUGUCCAAAACAGAUUCCAGUAAUACGAGUAACAGCGUGUGCGCUAUGAUGGCUGGUUGCAUCGAUAGAUCGCCGUUUCUCUUAGCCGGAGGGACGGAUCAGAGGCUCAGAUUUUGGGAUUUGGAUAGCCCUUCGGAAUCGUACCUUGCGAUACCCGGAGCGAGCGAUCCCGGGGGGAUUACGUUGAGCUACAGGAGCCGUCUAAUCGAUGGUACGCAGGUGAUAUACGAAGAAGCGGGGCAGAUGAGAAAAGUGGAUAGGGGAGAAGAAAUACCGCGGCCCGGUCCGGAACCGCCGGCGGCGGGUCAUAGAGAUUGUAUAUCCGAUAUAGCGAUGUGUAAAGCAUCGCAGUGUUUCCUCGUAACGUCAUCUCGAGACGGUGUUGUUAAAGUUUGGAAAUAGUCGGUUAAUUUACGAAAAGUGUAUUCCGAUAAUAAACGAUAAUGUGUAAGGGAGAAAAAGGGCUAAUAGUAGUAUUAGCCACGCCAAUCGAAGGCGCUAAACUGUGUAAAUAAAGAUUGUUUAACAGCUUUUGCAUCUUUUGGAAAAAGAUAAAAGGGUUGUUGAAAGAAGGUAUAUAAAUUGUUAACAACACAAGACUAGUUUUUAUUCAUAACCAUAAUUACACAGUAUUGAAAAUAUAAAAAUUACUUUCAUUUUAUGAGAUCUAACACAGUCCCUGAUGUGCAAAAGAAAUUACAAAAAAAUGUUUAUUUUCGUGUAUAUUAGUGUGAAACACCAGUGCAUUGUAAAUGGCAACAUUCAACUAGUCAAUUCCUAUUUAAGUGGUAAUUUUUUCGCGUUUUUCGGAAAUUAUGAAACUUUGAAAUCUUUAUAGGGAGUUAUCCGAUGUUUCGACGACAUUUUGCGACAGUAAAAUAUUAACAUUCACAAAAUAAUGUCGGCGUUUCACAUCAUUAACAUACUCAAACACCAACAGAACUAUGAAAAGCGCGCUGUUCAGUUAGACUAGACAUCUACAAAAAUACACAGUUUUUAAUAUUUGUAAUAUCAAGUACUUCGCGUAACGACAUUGACAAACACGGCGUUUCUCUCGUUCAACGUCAAGGUGCACUUUUCCAGAUUCGACUAUCCGGAAUUAACCCGGUUUUGCCUUAAUGUCUGCAGGAAAUCACACGCAAACCAACAGGCCAGGACUGCUGUCUCGUACCAUCCAUCAAAAGUUUAACGAUUAUUUCGUAUUAAAAAUUAUCAAUGACUAGCACCCACUUCUGUGAAUCGAACCGCUCCGAAAAUCCAGUCCGGACCUGUCCGGUUUUAGGAAAGCACAUGAAUACAUAAUUUCGUGACAUUAUUCCGAA